AUGAGAAAAAGGGUUGUUGAUUAUAUACAGAGAUUAAUCAGGACUUGUUUGGGUGCUGAGGUAUUUGCAUAUGGAUCUGUACCUCUAAAAACUUAUCUUCCAGAUGGAGACAUAGAUCUGACUACCUUUGGUGGUGCAAACGUUGAAGAUACUUUCGCUGAGGAUAUGCGAGCUAUACUUCAAGAAGAAGAGAAAAAUACAUCCUCGGAAUUUGUUGUAAAGGAUGUCCAGCUUGUUCGUGCAGAGGUUAAGCUUGUGAAAUGUAUUGUACAAGAUAUUGUUGUUGAUGUGUCCUUUAACCAAAUCGGGGGCCUUUGUACUUUAUGCUUUCUGGAGCAGGUCGAUCGCCUAAUUGGCAAAGAUCAUCUGUUUAAGCGCAGUAUUAUCCUAAUCAAAUCAUGGUGCUAUUACGAAAGUCGUAUUCUUGGUGCUCAUCAUGGCCUAAUUUCUACCUAUGCUUUGGAGACAAUGGUGCUGUACAUUUUCCACCUCUUUCACUCUAAACUGGACGGGCCUUUAUCUGUUUUGUUUAAGUUUCUUGAUUAUUUUAGUAAGUUCGACUGGGACACUUACUGCCUUAGCUUGAAUGGCCCAGUUCGCCUUUCCUCAUUGCCCGCAAUAGUUGUUGAGAUGCCUGAAGAUAGCGACCAAGAAUUACUGCUGCACAAUGAUUUCUUAACUUUGUGCGUAGAAACUUUUUCAGUGCCUUACAGAGGAGGCGAAAAUAAUUCACGUGGAUUUCAGCUGAAGCAUCUUAACAUAGUUGAUCCACUGAAAGAGAUGAAUAAUCUCGGGCGUAGUGUUAGCAGAGGUAACUUUUACCGCAUACGCAGUGCUUUCUCUUACGGUGCCCGUAAACUGGCACGGAUAAUCUGCCAGCCUGUAAAUUCUAUCACCAACGAGCUUCAUUUGUUCUUCUCAAACACUUUAGGAAGGCACGGAGGUUCAUACAGACCUGAAAUUGACUUUCUUGAUAUUUCUACUCGAAAUUUUCGUCAAGAUAUACCAAAACAGACUGAACAAACCUCAAACACAAAUAUGUCUGAAAAUUCAUUCGGCUUCCCUUACCAUGCACCCCACUUGUAUUUUCCUAAGAAGGAUCAAGAUCCAGAUGAGCCUUAUAAACAUGAGAAACAAAAUAUUUCUCCUUCGAAACCCGAUGAAAAUCGAGCUCGUGAAUCAAAUGAGGACUCCUCGUGUGAUCUCAGUGGGGAUUUCGAGGGUUACAUGCGGUGCCUUAAUUACGGCAAGUGGUGGUAUGAGCAGGGUUUAAAUGUCGUGCAUUCUUUGUCUUUGCCUCCUUUGUCGGGCCCUCCUUUUCCGAGUAAUGGCCCGUUAUCGCACUUUAGGCCCAACGGAUUUUCCUAUGGGCAUCAUCCUAAUGGGCUCCACCUGGGCCCAGGCCCAGCUAUGUACAACGUGCAGCCCGUAAUUUUACCUAACGUUACAUUUGGGUGGGAGGAAGUGCCUAAACCACGAGGGACGGGGACUUAUUUUCCUAACACGAAUCAACUCCCUCAAGUGUAUAGGCCUCCAACAGCUAUGAUUGGUAGGAACCAGAAUCAACUCGCUCAAGGUUAUAAUAAGCCAGUUGGUAACAAUGAACAGAACAACAUGAUAUUUACCGAGGCGAAUAUGUUAGAAAGGAGCAGCCAUGAAGUUUCACAUUCACAAUAUUCUUCUCGUCACAAUUCGAAUAACAGCUUGUUAAUCCAAUCAGAGGGAGGAGGACUUGCCGGUCUUGAUAAGGUCAAACAUGCGCCUGAAAAUUCCCUGAUUCAUAUGUCACAAUCUUCUUUGAGCAAGGAGCAGAACAGGAUUUUGCUUGGGUCAUCAUACCUCCUCAAAGAUGAUGAAGAUUUCCCUCCAUUGCCUGCUUGA